AUGGGGAACAAGCAGAAGAUCAGGAAUCUCAAAUGCAACAUGAAAGCAGCCAAAACAUGGAAGAUUAUGAAGCAUAUUAUAACCAAUGAAAACGAAGAUUGGAACAACUACAUCAACCAGCAACAGGGUAACCAAGUAUGGCAGAAUGAUCAGCCUUUUUCUUCUUCACGACCUCGCGGGCUCGUCUUUCCAGUUCACAAAGAUCCAGCUACACUCCAAUAUGCGACUCAAAUCAGCCUAGGAACUACAAGGGUGCCUGUAAACUUUGUCGUCGAUCUUGGCGGUAAAGUAUCCUGGAUACAUUCUAAAGGAGGUUGCUCAACAUCAUUAUACAGCCCCGUAGAUUGCAAGUCACCUCAAUGUUCACUGGCUAGAAAAUCUGCCAGUCCAGUAUUUUGCGUUAACAAUACAUGUAGCCUUUACGCAGCCAACCUAAUAACUCAUUCAGCCACCAACGCAGAUCUCGUUUCAGGUGUUGUGACUGUACAACCAAGCGCUGUGAUCGAUCCAAAAACUGGAGAUUGGAUCUCAGUCCCCAAUGUUACGGCGCGUAAGUUUCCGUUCGGUUGUGAAACAACUAUUGGCCUCUUAGAGGGUCUUCCUAAAGGUGUUAAGGGGAUGGUUAGUCUUGGGCGUUCGACCCUUGCCUUAGCGUCACAAUUUUCAGCUGCAUUUCGAUUCCCUCGGAAGUUUGCUCCGUAUCUAUCAUCAGCUGACAAUGGGUUCGUAUUUUUCGGAGAUGAGCCUUACAUUAUUCCACAUUCUGGAUGGCAACUGAUGAGUUCUUUAUCUUACACCCCUCUCUUGUUAAACCCAAUGCCCACUGAAAGUUGGUCAACUGCCCCUAACAGUGAUUACUACAUUGAUGUAAAAUCGAUUGAGAUAGAUGGUGAAGUUGUCCGGUUGAAUAAAGCAUUGUUGUCAAUUAACAAGACAGACGGUGUUUGA